CGCGUUAUAGGGUCAUGCGCGCAUGCAGGCGCGGUGGGGCGUGAUCGCGAGAUAGCGGAGUCACGACUGCUGCUGCUGCAUGGGCGUGGCUGUGGGUACGAGGGCGUGCGUGCGAGCGCAUACAACGUACAAGAUCUCACGCGCUGCUACAACAACGCCCUCGCUCGCACUUGCUCCAUCAUCCAUCCAUCCAUCUUCAGCUCCCCAUUCAAGCGCUCCGCAUCCAUCGCAUCUCAAGCAGACAUUCCAACCUCGCUCACGCUCACGCUACUCUCGAAGCGCGUUGCCCCGGUCCCCAUUCGCUCACGUCAUCGCACCCUCGCCUCGCUUGAACCUAGCAGCCAAGCAGUAACCCUUAUCGCCCCCUCCACAUUCCACUCAUCCGUCAAGGCAGCUUGUGAUUGAGCUUCAUUCGACAGACGCUCGCUAGCAGCGCUUCGAAGCAGCCCCCCCGCCGCUGCCGUCCCAUCAGCCAAGGCUAAAGACGCCCCUUACGAAGAUGAGUUCCCCCAAACGCAGAAUCGAAACGGAUAUGAUGAAGCUGCUGAUGAGCGAUCAUGAAGUCACGCUGGUCAAUGAUUCGAUGCAAGAGUUCUUUGUCAGGUUUCAUGGGCCUGAUGAGACACCAUUCGCGGGAGGAGUGUGGAAGAUUCACGUCGAGCUGCAAGACCAGUAUCCCUACAAGUCUCCUUCGAUCGGCUUUAUGAACAAGAUCUUCCAUCCCAACAUCGACGAGCUGUCUGGAUCGGUGUGCUUGGACGUCAUCAACCAGACUUGGUCUCCCAUGUUCGACAUGGUCAACAUCUUUGAAGUCUUUUUGCCACAGCUGUUGAGGUACCCCAACCCCACGGACCCUUUGAACGGCGAGGCGGCAGCGCUGCUCAUGCGAGAGCCAAAGACGUACGAUAGCAAGGUGAAGGAGUAUGUGGCGAGGUACGCUACCAAGGAAGCCGCGGACGAUGCGUUUGGCAAUGCGGGAGAGGAGGAGGAAGAGGAGGAGGAGGAUGAGGAGAUGAGCGAUGCUGGAAGUUUUGAUGAGGAGGAAGAGGAGCCAACUGGAGAGAUGGAUCUUUGAUCGAGGAGUAACAGCAGCCAACUAGAGAGAUGGAUCUUUGAUCGAGGAGUAAUAGCAGCCAA